UCGAGGGCGGCCCGCGACAGCAGCUGUUCGGCCGUUCGCCGUUUACGUAAUAAUAAUAAUAAUAUCAUUUUUGUUGUUGCCGUGUCCGGCGCAAGGACCGAUCUCGUUCAACUCGCAGUUCGCAGGUCUCGUCAGUCGUCGUGCCCGCACAGUGUCCGCUCGUUUGUCAGCGUGCUCGUCCGCCGGUGUGAGAUUUAUUAUUAUAUAUUAUUACGCGUUUUUGGAACGUCUGAACGGAAACACUAAUCAGAUCUCGUGCAUCGCUGUCUAGUUUAAUACAACUGUCCACAAUUAGAGUAUCAAACUUUCAUCGAGACCAACUAAAUGGACAAAAUGGACAAAAUGAAGUGGACCAGCAUUUUAGCGGAACUGUUGCUGCUGUUGGUUAAAAGCGUUUACUACAUCUGCGAAUCCAUUUAUUACCUGUUCGUACCGUUGCCGGAAAAAUCGUUGGCCGACGAUAUCGUUUUGAUUACAGGCACAGGACACGGAAUAGGGAAAUGUUUGGCGAUGCAAUUCGCUGAUGUAUCCGCCAAAGUGGUGUGUGUCGACAUUAACGCACAGUCGAACGCGGAAACUGUAAAAGAAAUCAAUGCCAAGUGGAAAGGAAAAGCUUUUGCUUACACAUGUGAUGUGUCGACGUUGGAAAAAGUUAGAGAGCUUGGUGAAAAGGUCAAGAGCGAAGUUGGUACUGUUACCAUUCUGGUUAAUAAUGCAGGAAUUAUGCCAUGUAAACCUCUCGAGGCUCACGACGAAGCCACCAUAAAGAAAAUAUUCGAUAUCAAUGUGUUUGCUCAUUUUUGGAUGCUCGAUACAUUUUUACCCGGAAUGAAAGCGCUGAAUAAAGGACAUUUAGUAUUUUUGUCAUCAAUGGCUGGAAUAAUUGGUUUAAAGAACCUGGUGCCUUAUUGUGCAUCCAAAUUUGCAGUAAGAGGUCUAGCAGAAGCGAUAAUGGACGAGUGCAGAGACGAUGGCUUCACAAAUAUCUAUUUCACCACAAUUUUCCCAUAUAUGGUCGAUACCGGUCUGUGCAAGAAACCUAUUAUUCGUUUUCCUAGUUUGUUACCACUCGUAACACCUGAAUCAACAGCAAGAGAUAUCAUAUCCGCCGUCAAAAAGAACUUACUUGAACAUUCCAUUCCGAGUCCAUUGCUUGUCAUCAAUAACAUCUUUAGGUGUUAUCCAAACAAAAUAGCACUGAACUUUAAAGAUUUUAUGGGUGGUGGCGUUGAUGCACAUGAUGAUUAAUCAAGUUUACAUGUGAAAACAAAUCCUAUAUUGAGAAAUAAGUAUAUGUAUUCACAAUUCACAUUAUAUAGUUUGUAAAUCUAUCACAGCCAUAUAGGUACUAGCUGUUUAUAGAGCAUUUGCAUAACUAUUAUAUACCUAAUAUGAAAUUCUUAAUAAUUAAAUUUUUAGUAAUUAUUUUUAAUUUAAGUAAUUCAGUACACCAAUGAACUUAAUUUUAUGAAACAAACCUAUCUGCUUUUAGCCUGCAGAUACCCUGCUAAUCUGCUUAUUGUGAUUUUGUUUAUAGAUAAUAUUAUGUACUUUAAAUGUACGUUAAUUUAUUUUAAUUUUGCCAUUUGUAUGUAAUACAAUAGCAUGUACUUUAAGUUAUCUAAUUUGAUAUAAUUCGUGAAUUUUAUUUUUGUAAUCACAAGCACAAUCAUUGUUAAACAUAAUUUAAUUUAAUUAAAAUGUAAUUUAUAAAAUAUUUAGUAAACUAAGACUGUUAUUGUACUGAAUAAUUAACUAACGUAAAUAUAUAUAUAUUAUGUAAUUACUUG